CAGGCACAAUUUCCGUUCAAUUGAUACAAGGCGCUUUCACGCCUGCAAUUCGCCCUUCUGUCGUGCAUGGGACUGCAGCUGGGUUUCUGCCAAAUUCUGGUGGUCCUUUUGCUGAGGAGCACCCUUUCUGGCUGAAGAUCACCUUAGCCUGCAUGAGACCGUCUUCAACAAGAUUUGCGGAGCGCUUAGUGGGUUGCUUCAAGCGCCCACUCGAAUUAGGAUUAGGGUUUGCAGCAACUUAUUGUUUAGAAAGCUUGCAGAAAAUUUGAUUGCCCACAUUGGGCUACAGCUGCUAUUUUGGAUUUGCCCUCCUAGCUGGCAGUUAUAUUGAGAAAGGGUUGAGAACUACAAAAUGAUUUGACCAACCGCUGAGCUGGCGGAACUGAACGGUCAGGAGAUCAUCAACCAAGCGCAUGCAGCUGAUUAAACUAACAGAAUGCUGAGCAACCCUGAUUUCUCAUCAGCGUGCUCCUAGCCGUGUUGACGCUCACACCAAUUCUUUACAUGAUUGCUGAAACCUUGUUGAGCAGCGCUUAGCCAGGCAUACUUACAGUCAAGACCACAUUCCCAGAUUGUAAGUCUACAUAAGGGCACGGCCAACCAGAAAUUACUUACCCAGCAAACCAGAAUGGUACUCAAGGUUGACCAGCCCUCGGUCGUGAGCUGCUCGGGCAGGUUGCACAGCCCCGGGUUACGGCAGCGGUUAUCAGAUGGGUCGGCCUCCCUCCAGAAGCAAGUGCGACUUUUCUGCUACCAUGAGCUGCCGGACUGGUGCAAAGGCAACGAGUACAUCCUGCGCCACUACCGGGCAGACUGGCCGCUGACUCGAACUAUACUCAGCGUGUUUGAGGUCCACAACGAAACGCUCAACAUCUGGACGCACUUGCUGGGCUUCAUCCUCUUUGCCUGGCUGACCUAUAUUGCAGUGCUUGAGCAUCCGGGCUUCGCUUCCACAAGCUCUGGCGCUCAAAGCAUCGUCACUACUCAGCAGGCGUAUAACCUCCCCCCCGACCUCUCCACCGACCUCCCGGGCCCAUUCCCCGGGCUCUUUUCCCACUCAUCCGUCCCCCGGUGGCCGCUCUUUGUGUUCCUCUGGGGGGCCAUGGUCUGCCUGCUGACCAGCGCUUCCUGCCACUGGUUCUGCUGCCACUGCCAAACAACAAAUUCCAUCGUCUGGAAGCUGGACUACCUAGCGAUCGCGGGCCUCGUGUGCACGUCGUUCUUCCCGCCUGUGUAUUACGCCUUCAUGUGCGAGCCCGUUUGGCGGAACAUGUACCUAUCCGCGAUCGUCAUCCUGAGCCUAGCAACCGGGGUCAUCUCACUAUUCCCAAAAUUCAACCACCCGACCUACCAGCCGUUGCGCGCCGGCGUCUUUUCGGGGAUGGCCCUUUCCGGAAUCGUGCCCUGCCUGCAUAAGGCGGCGUUCCUGCACCCGGAGCCGAUAGCUUAUUUCACCACGGCGGCCGAGCUGGCCAUGGGGUUUGUAUACCUUAUCGGCGCGGUCGUAUAUGCGACGAAAGUGCCCGAGAAGUGGCUCCCCGGGCGGUUUGAUAUCAUCGGGCACAGCCAUCAGAUAUUGCACGUGCUUGUGGUUGUCGGCGCGUGUAUUCAUUACAACACGGCGUGGGCUUACGUCACUUGGCGGGAGCAGUCGUCGUGUGUUCCCAAGUAAGACAGGUACUGCAGCUGGCGGUCAAAACAUGAUCGUAACAGCUCGAGGUUCGGGGUAGAUUUUUAAUGGAUGCAUUGUCCACAGCAUUUAUGCUUGAUAAUAGCAGGUGAUUCUUUCAUGCAGACACCAGCGAGAGGCAUUGACCAGAUAUUGGCCUGCACGGUCAUCAUCAGGUAGCGGGUUGUGUAAACUAACGUUCCUUAGAUCUAAGAUGAGCAUCAGCGGACUUUCCUGAGAUCAGUGGAAAGCUAGAAAUCCUCAGCCCAGCAAGCUGGACAGUACUUGUUCAUUCGUUUAAUCCGGGUUGAAAGUAGAAAUAAGGUAGUGCGGCCACUCUUGUGAUGCACUACUUUGCAAUCGUGUACUUGAUGUCAAAAAGUUAUGAGAAACAUGAUUGCAG